AGAGGCCAACUCCGCCUGCCUGAGUCACGGCUGGGGCUGGGGAGGAGCCGGGGAAAGGCGGCCCCAGCCCAGAGCGCAGCCAGCGGCCGCGGGGAGAGCAGGCUGGGCGGUCGGGGAUCAUGGGGGAGAGCGCGCUGGAGCCCGGGCCUGUGGCCGGAGCGCCGGCAGGGGGCCCCGUGCACGCCGUGACGGUGGUGACCCUGCUAGAGAAGCUGGCCACCAUGCUGGAGGCGCUGCAGGAGCGGCAGGGGGGCCUGGCUCGGAGGCAGGGCGGCCUGGCGGGCUCCGUGCGCCGCAUCCAGAGCGGCCUGGGCGCGCUGAGUCGCAGCCACGACACCACGAGCAACACGCUGACACAGCUGCUGGCCAAGGCGGAGCGCGUGGGCUCGCACGCUGACGCCGCCCAGGAGCGCGCUGUGCGCCGUGCGGCCCAGGUGCAGCGGCUGGAGGCCAACCACGGGCUGCUGGUGGCGCGCGGGAAGCUCCACGUCCUGCUCUUCAAGGAAGAGGCUGAAAUCCCAGCCAGCGCCUUCCAGAAGGCACCGGAGCCCUUAGGACCGGAGGACCAGUCCGAGCCCAGCCCAGAGCUGCUGGAGGCCGAAGUUGGGGAGAGCUCCGACGAGGAGCCGGUGGAGUCCAGGGCGCAGCGUCUGCGGCGCACCGGGUUGCAGAAGGUACAGAGCCUGCGAAGGGCUCUUUCGGGCCGCAAAGGCCCUGCAGCGCCAACGCCCACGCCUGUCAAGCCACCUCGCCUUGGGCCUGGCCGGAGCGCUGGUGGCCAGCCCGAAGCCCAGCCUGCACUGGAGUCCAAGCAGGAGCCAGAACCUCCGCAGGACGCCGAGGAAGAUCCCGGGAGACCCGAGGCUGCUGAAGCAGCUGUGCUCCAAAUAGAGAGUGCGGCCUGAUGGCUGGUGCUGCCGGCGUCCCCUGUGCCUAAGCCUAGUCCCAAAAUAAAUCUUCCUCUCAAAAUGCAGCAUUCACGCCCAAAUAAGGAGUGAAUCCUGCAUCCACAGCCCAGCUCUGGGCUCUCCCUUCCUGGCCCCUUCAGCCUAGCACCUUGUGUCCUCUAAAAGAGGAGCAUUCACGCACACCUGUUUGCACUCACCAUCAAUAAAAGGAAUGUCACCUAAUCCAGAUUCUAUGUGAAGGGGUUGGGAGAGAAGGCUGUGCAAGGAAUAAGACAGACGGUAGAACCUGGAAUGUGGCUUCAAUUCCAAACAGACCAUUGUCUGAUUUCUCCAGUCUCCACUGAAUCCUGGGCUGUACUCCACUGGCGCAUAGAAAUAUCCUGCUGGCCACUUGCUCCUUAAGCACUUUCCUCAUGGGGAAGCAUCCAGUACAGUCCCUUGCUGUAGGUGCUCAAUACAUGUCAACUAGCGAUUGUCCUCGUAGUCUCUUCUUCCUCUACCACCUCUUAAAAGUUGGGUUUUCCAGAAUUCUGUUCCCAGCCCUCUUCUCAUUCUGGGUACUCCUCUGUUGACAUUCACUCCCAAGUCUCUCCUACCAGCCACAUACACCCCAGAUCACUGUCUUGAGCUGCAGUUGAAAAGUACUUCAAACUCAAUGUGUCCAAAAGAAGCAAUCUAUCUUCUACCUUUUAAUUAAGUUCAAUUUCAAUUCAAUGGCUAUUUAUUGAGCACUUCCUAUGUAUCAUUCAAAAUUGCUCCCCCUCUUGUGUUUUCUUUACCAAUGAAUGGCACCAUCAUCCACACAGACCUCUGGGAGUCCUCAUUGGCUCCUCCCUCUCUGUCGCUCCCCUACCACAAGGAAACAGUUAUCCUGUUGCUUUGCCCUCUGCAAUCUGUCCACUUUUCUUAAUACCCAUGGCCACUGCUCUAUUUCAGACCUUAUCUUUCACUGGAUUAUUAUUUGAACUGCCAAUCUGAUCAUAUCACCCUCCUGAUCCAGACGCUUCAAUGGCCAAUGGCUCUCCAUCACCUUUAGAAUAAAGUCCAAGCUCUUGAAUGUUACUUUCAAGGCCCUUUGUGAUCUGGUCCCUGCCCAUUUUUGUAGUGUCACCUCUUGCCACUUCCCCUCAUUCUACUAUUGAAUCACCCUGGACUAUGUGCUCUCUUUCUCAUCUCUACUGUCCUGCAAAACUCAGCAAGGUACCCUGUUUCUGGACCAGACGCUUCUCUUCCUUGCCCCCAAAUUACCACCUGCACACCUCAGUGCAUUAAUCGUGAUUGUUUGCAAUUUUUCCCCUCUCCUCCCACUCCACUAGACUGUGGCUCCUUUGCAGUAGGGGCAGUUUUAUUCGUUUCUGUAUUUCCCAUACCAAAUACUAUGACUGGUGCACAGUAGGCCCUCCUGAAGCAAGAGCAUCACAGAAGUGAGAAGUGGAGGGGGGUUGCCUAGGGAUGGGAGCAUGGUCAUCCACUCAUUCAUUCAGUCAUUGUCGUAUAAAAAUAUUUUUUGGUACCUUCUGUGUUCCAGGCCCUAUGCUAGGUCUUAUGAACACCAAGAUGAAAAUCCCUUCUGAUGCCUCAGAGUUUAGGGAGGUAGAAAUACGUAAUGAAUGAUAUAAAUGCAAGGAUAGUUAUACAGAGGUUAUUUUGAGAGGAAAGAGGGAAGGGAUAAAACCUAACCUGAAGCAGGAAACAUGGGGGCUGUUUAAGGAAGUGUUCUUAGAAAAGGUACAUUGUGGGAUGGAAAACAGGAAAGGUGAGGGGCAGCAGAGCUCAGCGGUUAACAGUUUGGCUUCCCCGUUUCUUCAUCUGUAAAAUGCAAUAAUGAUCGCCCCUAUCGAGCUCUCGUGAGGAUUAAAUGACACAAGUGCCUGGCACAGUGCCUGGAACAUAAUUUCAGGUAUAUAAUUCAUUCGUCUAUUCAUUCAACAAAUAUUUACUGGACUCCGAGCGUCUGCCAGGCACCAUUUUUAAGAGCUGGGGAUACAGUGGCACACAAGAAAGACAAGAUCCCUGCCUUCAUGGAGUCAAAUUCUCGUAGGGGGAGACAGGCAAUAAACAAAUGAGCUUGUAAGCCAGAUAAAAACAAGUAAACAUAUGAACUAGAAGGGCAUUCUGGUUAUGGGACCUGAAGAAAAGAAAAGAGAAAGGAUACAGAUAAUGACUGGGGAGGCGGGGAGGAGUACUUUAGAUGAUGACAUUGGGGAUUUAAAAUGGGACCAGAGUUCAACGGUGACUUUUAAAACGAUUUUCAUGGAUUCAGUUAGAAGAGCCCAAGCCCCCACCUGCCAUGAUUGGUGGGAAGUCUAUUAUCAGUCACUAUAGGGCUCCUCCUCUUCUUUAGAUUGUACACUUUUUCCAGGAGGUUUACCCAUCUCUGUGUCUCUCAGAUUGGAUGUCUCUGCUGCUAUUGCCCCUUAUCACCACAUGGUGCCGCUGUUGGGGUACCGGUGUCCUGGUUGACGCCUCCUCUGAGGACUCGGAGGUCUGCCUAUCCAGCUCUAGUGCUCUGAACCAGGGAUUCUUCCAUGCAGGGCAGCUCCGUAGUAGCUCCAUUUCCUCUGGAGAAAUUCAGGGCUCCUCCUGCAGGCUUCCAGGUCUUUGUGAGCACACCGUAUCAGCUUCCCGGCAGCCACCCCUUUCAAGGUUCUGCCAUCAUAGAGGGCUGGUCUGAGCAGGCUCAGUUCUCUAUCGCCAAGGAAAAUAAAUUCUUGUUUCUUUUCCCCAAGUCCUUGGAAAUCCACCCAGUUCCCCCUUUUCAAUGUAUACACAAAAUUAAGAGCCCAAAUGCACAUUUCUCACAUAAAACAUCUUGAUAGCUCAUUGGGAAGCACAUGAAGUCUCGGAGAACCUGACCCCUAGGAACCUGAAGGUUUGGCUAACUUUGAGACAGGAU